UAAAAUAUAUUUUUUUUGAUUAUAAAUUGUUAUACUCAAAAUUAAUAUGUUUCAUUUGUAUUCUAUUAAUAUGUCAUUACUCAUUACAUAAUUGUAAUAGUACAUUAUUUUUACAACACAGUUGUUAUGAUAAUAUUGAUUGAUAAAUAACAUUAAUAGCUGUGAAUAUAGUUAUAUAUUAAAUCUAUACUAGAUUAACUAUAGUCCUUAUAUGAUUUACUAUAAUGUAUUAUUAUAUGUAAAUUUUUUACAUUAAUUUUUGAGAACUUUUAUGAGUUUUAUAUCCUUUUAUUUUGCGUUUUUUAACUUAGAAAAUGGAAGACAUAGAACAUAAACCCAAACUUGACUGCCUAACUAAAGGACCUGGACCAGUUUAUAAAUUACCUCCAUUAGUUGGAUAUGUUGGACAUGAUCCAUCUAAACAUAGGGGUCCAGCAUAUAGUAUACGGUUUCGUGUAGGAUUAGGUGAAGAAACCGUUGGUCCUGGUCCGCGCUAUAACAUCAAUAAAUUAACAAAAUUUGGAUUAGAUAAAUCACCAGCAUACACGAUAGCCGUUAGAUAUCCUGAUACAAUUUUGGAUUUAGGACCAGGACCUGGUGCAUAUUCGCCUGAACAAUGUCUCCCAAUGAAUCAUAGUCGUAGAGCUCCUGCUUAUAGCAUAAAAUCAAAAGGUCAACCAUUACAAAUUCUUGAAGGGCCUGGGCCAAAUGCUUACACAAUACCAACAUGUAUAGGUCCUAGAAUACCGGAUAAGAGAGCACAAGCUGCUUAUACGAUAGGUGGUUAUUAUGAACCACUAUUAGACUCUUUAGGUCCAGGUCCAGCAGCUUACGCGGAUCUUAAUCAAAAUGUUAUAAAGAAACGAUAUCCAGCAUAUAGUCUUAAAUGGCGUCACGAUCAUGCCGAAGAAUAUUAUAGUCCAGGACCGCGUUAUAAUCCUACGUAUAAUACUGGAAAACGCGCUCCAAAAUAUUCGUUUGGCGUUAGACAUAGUGAAUGUGCAGGAAAUCCCAUUACAAGCUUAGAUGAAGAUUAAUUGGAAAAAUAUGCAUGUGUUGUAUUAUCAAGCCUUUGUAAAAAUUGUAUAAUAAGUUUAUAUAUUUCAAUAUCUUAUUUAAUAAACGUGAUGUCUUCAAUCA